AACUAAGUGAAAGACAAAAUAAAAAUUAUCAUAAUACGAUUAAAAACAAACAAAUCGCAACGAAGAGUCACACGUCGUAAAUAGACAACAACAACAGCAAGCCGCCUUAAUAUACACACACACCCAGACGGUCUGUGUAGCUGUAACUCAUAAAACGCGUUUUGGCGGAAUUUUGGUAUUUACGGCGUUUAACGCAGCGCCAUGCUUUUGUGCGUGUGCGCGAGUGUGUAUGCGUGUGUGUGAAGAAUGUAAGAGAAUUAGUGAAAUACCAGCUUGUAAUUACACCACAAGCGCAAAGCAUUGCUAGCUGUAGCAAAUCGAAAAUCUAUUUAAAAAUCCACAAAUCAACGCUUAGUGUUGUUAUAAAUCUCAGAAAGUGCUUUAUACGAAUUUGUAAUUUUUUUUUUUUUCAAUCAAUUGAUGCGAUCAAGGCUGUUCCCUAUGCAGCGGGUAGCGCUCCGCGACCGGAAGUUGUGAUCGCGCUAACGUGUGACCGCUCGAAAAAAGCAUCUGUGCUCGCAGCCGCUUAGCCUCCAGCGUCAGAUGAGCAGUUCGAUCUGCAUAUGCUAACAGCAUAUCAAUCAUAUGAUAAUCAGCAGCAUCUCUAUCUGUGGCACAGCCUUUCAAUUUGUGUAUGCGCCGUUUGAAGCAUGUGCGUGUGUGUCUGUGAGUGUGCGCGUAUAUCCGUGGAAAAUUUACGCGCGUGAAAAUUAUUGCAUCAACAAAGUGCUUAAUAUUAGGCGAAAAUUGUUUUCACUCGUCGCCCCUCACUUUGCACGUGUAUGUGAAUUCAUGUAUUCCAGACUCACAUGUCACAGAAGCAUGUAGUAUAGUUGUUUGUAUGUUUGUGUUGAUUCGGCGCUAUAAUCUUGCAAGUAAUGCAAAUAGCUGUGAAUUUUUAUUAUUUUCUGUUAUUGAAGCGCAAUUUUAUAAACACGCGUAUAUGUACAUAUGUACGCACAUAUGUAUAUUUGUGAAUUCGUUUCAGUGUAAAUCGCCAUAAAUUUGUUGCUACUCAACGACAAAGACGCGAAAUUCUCGGAAAAGAUUGCGUAAUUUAAGUGGGCUGACAAAGCUACAAGUGGAAAAAAUCAUAAUUGAAUAUAAAUUAUCGGAAAUAGACUUCAAAAUACUCGUAGCAAUAACUUCAAGGUGGAUUUUACCGGUGCAAAAAGAAAGUUAACCUCGUUGUUUGUGCAAAAAAUGCCGAAAUACAUACGAAAAAAACGACGUGACGAAUACGAUGAUGCAAUUGAACGGAACUUGAUGUAUCGCGAAAAGUGAAAACCAACCUCAAAAUUUGUUAUUUCACGAGAAUACAGACUAUUUUAGAACACACAGAGUUGCCCUGGCAACAUUUAAUCACUGAAUUAGCAAAGUAAAAAUACUGCUACACGGAAUUCCCCUAGAAUUUAAUGCGCCAAAAAGGGGAAAUCUAAGUCAAUGUCAAAAGUUAGUCCAAAAGUAAUUAGCCAAAAUGGAUGUUAAUUGUGAGCGUUUGAUUUUGAGGGCCGAACAGGAUCACCAGCACAGUCGCGUUCGCGUCGAUAUGCCGAGGCAACGGCUUGACAACAAUGCGCUGCGUGCAGAACGCGGCCGACGUUGGUCGGCGGCGGCAGCAGCGGCGCAGCGUACACAAAACUCCACCGAUACGGGAGGAGGAGUGCAGGAGUUUCGAGCUGUUGCUGACAACAGGACGUUGGUAAUGCGCGAAAGCGAGCCCCACUGUUGCAGCGUUUGUAUCAUCUGCCGUCAGCGAGUGGAGGAGUGUUGCGCGUGUUGUUGUAGCAAUUACUCACCUACAACAAUAGUCAAUUUUAAUGGCAGCAGUGUGCGACAAGUGGCGCAGCAUAAAAGUUCACACAGCAGAUGCACAACGAUUAACUCAUCAUCAUCAACAACAACAACAACAACCAGUGCAACAACACACGUAGCUAAACCCGAUUACAACGAUCAGCAGUUGCUCAUUGUGCAGCACAAUACUUGUGCAUGCGACGGCAAAUGCGUAGACAGUUGCAGGCCUCGCUCAGUGCAACUGCCGCAUGCAACAACACAAACAAUAAAGCUAGUUAACGGUGAUGGCACUACAUCAAAAUCACUGACGCAACAACUGGUGCAGCAGCAAUCGGCGCAAUCUACUAAGGAGACCGCAGUGGCGUUGGCGUUUGUAUGUUGCAACUGUCGACAGCAAAAGCGACAAGGAAGCAGCAACAAUUUCUUGCACACCAACGAUAUGUCAACUGGAACAGCAACUGCUUUGGGUACACCUUUCGCAGUAGCUGAUUUAUUGGCAGCAACAACGAAAACGACGCCAACACGUUCAACACCAUCAUAUGCAGCGCCAAUGCUAAAUACAACAACAACCACAACAGAUUUAGAGUUGACCACAACAACUGCAGCGUUCACUUUGUCACCACCAUCAUCUUCAUCAUCAUUAGUUCAUACAACCUGUACAAAUUGCAAUGAGCAACAUCAAAAAAAUCCGGUUGCUGCAACAGCAACAACCACAAGUAUAAAUUCGUCUGCGCCUGCGCUCUUCGAUAAAGCUCUGCGCACUUUUCAGAUUUUAUUAUUGUGCAUUCAGGUACAACUUUUGCAUCCUGUACACGAAAAAAUCCAUAGUUUUCUUUACAAAAACAAAAACAAUAGUAAUAGCAAUAGUAGCAACCACAACAACAACAACAAAGAAUACACGACAAAUAGUAAUAUUAGCAGUAGACAUAGGAGAAAUUGUAAUACGAAUACGAAAUCCAAUAAAAGACAUGCAAAUGAAAAAGCACAACUGCAAAUGCUCGCGUGGCAAGAGCAGCCGCAACAAAAACAACAACAACAACAACAACAACGUCCUCCACCCUCAAGACUGAUGCAACAAAUUCGCUGUAAUUCCUACUACAAUAAUAAUAAUGAUAAUGAUAAUGCAAAUAAUAAUAUAAUGGAUAUAGUCAAUAGUAACAAUAGUUAUGCAAAUAUAUUUAAUACAUCACGAACCGAGCAACAACAACAAUACGCCAAUGCUAACGCCAACCAGACUAGCUAUAAUAAUAGAUAUUUAAGUAACGUUAUAUGCUCGCAAUCGCAACAUCACACUAGCUACCGUACAGUACAAGAAAAAUCACAGAUAUUACAACAACAACAACAACAACAACAACAUGUACAUCACUACUUCAAUUUUAUAUUACCAUCGCCAACAACACCACCAACAUCACAUCGACAAAAUGCUUUGCAACAGCAGCACAGCCACCACAAGGCGUGCAAUAUCGCCUCCUCAUCAUCACUACAAUUGCAAUUACAACAUUUGCGUUACUUCAAAAUGCCAAAUCUAACAAUUUUGUAUAAGUUACUACUUAUUCUGUCGUUCCUAUCACUAUUUCUGCCAUCGAUAAAUGCACAGACAUCACACGCGAUUGCGGCAUCGUCAGCGGCGUCGGCGCCUAGCCGCAAUGCUAUCCGCACAUCACCGGUGGCUUUGGGCCGCAACGAGACUGUAUGCCGCUCAUUAGAUAUACGCAACUCUCCCAGCGAAUUGAAUCAGUUGCGCAAUUGCACGGUCAUAGAAGGUUUCCUACUCAUAACACUCAUGAAUCAGCACAAUCCGCAGGAGUUCACACAGACCUUUCCUUUGCUAACUGAAGUUACGGAAUUCAUCAUCAUUUAUCGGGUUCACAAUCUACGAUCGCUGUCACAAAUCUUCCCGAAUUUAAGCAUCAUACGUGGCACAACACUAUUUGAAGGUUAUGCUCUCAUUGUCUACUACAAUCCACAUUUGGAAGAUUUGGGCCUCUCCAAACUAACAACCAUUUCACGUGGUGGUGUACGCCUUGAGAACAAUAUCGUACUUUGUUAUGUGAAGACAAUUGAUUGGAAGCGCAUUGUAAACCUUGACGCAGAAAUAACUAUCGAGAACAAUAGCAAACUGAUUGAGUGUCCCAAAUGUCCGGGCGACACAAAGCCUGGCAGAGAAGAUGGCGUCGAUUCAGAAUUGGCCUGCAAGGAAUUCGAUGGACAAAGACGUUGUUGGAGCAAUAAGAAGUGCCAAAAGAUCUGCCCGGAUCGCUGUAAAAAUAAUUGCGUGGAUGAGAACACUUGCUGCAAUGAGAACUGCCUUGGCGGUUGUUCGCCCAACAACUUAGACGAAUGUAUAAGUUGUCGCGAUUUCUCCAUCUACAACAACACCUGCAUUGAGAAAUGUCCCCGUAAUUACUUUAGCUACUUGGAUCGUCGCUGCCUCACAGCCGAGGAAUGUAUAGGGAUCGGUACGAAAUUCGAAAACAAUAAACCACAGAUUAUUGUGCCUUAUGACGGAAAGUGCUCAACUCGCUGCCCAAAUGGAUAUAACAAAAUCGGUUCAACGUGCCAGGCAUGCGGCGACAACUGCGUGAACAAGUGUGAUGGGGCGCACAUCGAUAGUGUGGAACGCGCGAAGGACUUUACCGGUUGCACGCAUAUUGUUAAAAACGGCCUAACUAUAAGCAUUAAGCGUGGCGGAAAACACUUAAUGGAGGAAUUGGAAUCCGGUCUGUCAUCCAUUCAAGAAAUUAGCACAUUUUUAAAGGUACAAGGUACAUACGGCUUGACGUCAUUGUCGUUUUUCAAACACCUAAAACGUAUUAAUGGUACUGAGCUAAGUGAAAACAAAUUUGCAAUUUAUGCGCUCGAGAAUAAUGAUCUCGAAUCAGUUUGGGGCGAUAACCGUACCGUACAUAUUGAGAGGGGACGCGUCUUCUUCCAUUUCAACCCAAAGCUAUGUUACAAUGAGAUUGAGAAAUUGCUGCCGAUGAUGAGAGAAAAUGCAACAUUCGAUAAAAAUGAAGUGGCCACGGAUUCCAACGGACAUAAGGGGUCAUGUAACACAGAAUUAUUGAAUGUUACUGUGUCAAAGGUGUCGAGUCGUGUGGCGGUUGCUGAAAUCGAAAAUCCACUGGUAUUUGAUGAUAAUCGCACCUUCAUUGGUUAUCAGUAUUUUCUAAUGGAGGAUAAGUACAAAAAUGCCACCAAAUAUUCACAGCUCAUCUGUGACGACGGCUGGAUUGUAAGUGAUCCCACCAAGGAUAACCAAUAUAUCUUCGUAAAUCUGCAACCAUACACGCAGUACGCGUAUUAUGUUAAAACUUGGACCAUAUCUUCGGAGAAACGUAACGCACAAAGUAAUAUACAUCAUUUUAAAACCAAAUCUGCUCAACCCAAAUUCGUACAAAGCCUAAACGCCUACGCAGUAUCGAGCUCUAAAAUCGCUAUUACAUGGACACCACCCGCGAAUCCGCAAGGCAAUCUAACGGUCUAUCGCGUACAUGCUACUCUUGACAAACGCAGUCAAGUUUUGGAUUCACGUAACUACUGCAAAGAUCCUGCCCAAAUAGACAAAGACGAUGAUACAAAAGAUCCUACACGGAAUAGCCCUGGUGGGGUGACGGAACCACCAAAUGCUGCCAAUUGCAAAUGUGAUGGUGAGAAAUCGCCAAAUCACAGCGACAUAGAUACCAGUGAGGCAACAAUUGUGGCUGGCAUUGAUUUCGAGAAUACACUGCAGAAUUUCAUUUAUGUAAAACACACAAACGAUACCAAAAAGUCUAAACCGAAAAAUGUUGAACAAAACAAAAUAUCUCUCACUGAAAUGGAUGCUAAACGACGACGCCGACGCAGUGAGGGCGAUCCCGAAGACAGUUUUCUUGUACGCCACAUGCGUGCUACGCCCGAUAGUUUCGAAAAUAUUAUACUUAAGACAACAUCUGAAGAUGGUAACAAUGAGGAUGCGACCAUUAUAACCACGGUGGCACCAAUUGAGCGAACCACACUUGGCAAUACAAAUGCAUCGGGCAAUAGCGACAACCGUAUGGAUGCGACUGGUCAAUUUUAUGAGACCUUCGUACAAAAUGUGUCCGUCAACACUCUUAAAUAUGAAUUCACAAAUCUUAAGCAUUUCUCUUUCUAUACGAUCGGUGUCGAAGCAUGUCGCGAGCCCGAAGAGGGCGCCACCGAGAAAGAAUGUAGUGAUAUACGCAUGAGGUUUGUGCGUACUAAAAAACUGGAGGGUGUGGACAAGAUAGAAAAUUUGCGCGUUGCCUUGGUACAAACAAAUACAACGCGAAGUGAAGUACGCAUAAAUUGGGAUCCACCAGCGAAUCCAAAUGGCGAUGUGGUGUCUUAUACGAUUUCCUACAAGAAAUCCGAACAGGACGCUGUGGAGGAGAAACGUUGCAUCACUGAAGUAAAUUAUCGCAAUUUGACAAACGGCUACACGAUGCCGUUACCGACCGGAAAUUACAGUAUUAGAGUGCGCGCAAAUUCAUUGGCUGGCGAUGGCGUUUAUUCAGAAAUUGUCUAUAUUGACAUUCCGCCUGAAAAAUGGUCUGGAGCUUUGAUUGCCGGCAUUUGUGUUGGAGUCAUUGGUAUAAUAUUUCUGAUGGGUGGUGUAUAUUGGUACGUUCGACGAAAAUACGCGCCUCCAAGUGACAUCAAAAUCAUUCCCACCGUCAAUCCAUACUAUAUAAGCCUGCAAUAUGUGCAGGACGGCUGGGAGGUAGAACGAGAACGCGUUAUACAAUUAAGUCCACUUGGUCAAGGCUCUUUCGGUAUGGUAUACGAAGGUAUACUUAAAGGCUUAAACGGUACCGAGGAUACACCAUGUGCUAUUAAGACGGUCAAUGAAAAUGCCACCGAUCGCGAACGGAUUAAUUUCUUGAGCGAAGCCAGUGUUAUGAAGCAAUUCGAUACAUAUCACGUAGUGCGGCUACUCGGUGUUUGCUCAGUCGGCCAACCUGCAUUAGUCGUAAUGGAGUUGAUGAAGUUCGGUGACUUAAAAUCAUACUUACGUGCACACCGUCCCGAUAGCGUACAAAGCGAUGAAAUGCCCUUCAGGUACCGUGAAACUGGCGUGCAACCACCACCACUGAGUCGUGUCUUUCAGAUGGCCAUAGAAAUUGCCGAUGGUAUGGCUUAUCUAUCAGCCAAAAAAUUUGUACAUCGCGAUUUAGCAGCUCGUAAUUGUAUGGUGGGUGCUGAUUUAACAGUGAAAAUUGGUGAUUUCGGCAUGACUCGCGACGUUUAUGAAACAGAUUACUAUCGAAAAGGCGACAAGGGUUUGUUACCAGUACGUUGGAUGCCGCCAGAAAGUUUACGUGAUGGCAUCUAUUCCACUGCCAGUGAUGUCUUCAGCUAUGGUGUAGUACUUUGGGAGAUUGUCACACUCGCUUCACAGCCAUAUCCCGGUUACUCUAAUGAUCAAGUAUUGCGUUUCGUCAUCGAGGGCGGAGUUAUGGAGCGCCCAGAUAAUUGUCCAGACAAAAUUUAUGAAAUUAUGCAGCAAUGCUGGGAACAUCGGCCCUCAAAACGACCAUCGUUCUUCAAAAUUAUACGCGUACUAUUGGAUCAUGUGCACACAGAUUCCGAAGGUUAUCUUUCGCGCUUUCGUGAGGUAUCCUACUACUUCUCCAAUGAGGGUACGCAGGAACGUGAAAAAGAACGAACCGAGAGUAUGCAUCCCUCUGGCGAUAUAUUCAGUGAGGAGAAUGAAAUCGAUGACGCUACCACUCCGUUACGUACCGACGAAUUCAAUGAAUAUAAACUCAAUUUGGCUAACACUUCCUCUGUAGAGCAUGAAGGCGAAAGUCCAAUGGCCAUCGACGAUGACCAUCCUCACUCUCCAUAUAGCCACAGCCUAGGCUCAGCCAACAUUAUCAGCAGCACGCCUGACGGCCAAUCCAAAAAUAGCUACAAUUUCUCGCAAAUGUCGCACAACAAUCAAACUCUGCUUAGUUCGGUGCCAUCGACAUCGGCAGGCAUUGUUAGUGGCGGCUCGCAUUCGCAUUCUCAUCAACUACAUCAACCGGGUGCACAACUGCGACAACCACGCUACAGUCAGUUUCCAACAGAAGAGACGGCAGCCAAUUACAUACUACCAGACUAUGAUCCUCGUACAGAAUUUAAUGGGAAGAAUGAAGGACAAAGUGCCUUAAGCGGUGCUAGGAUGGAAACCGAUGAGCGCGGUUAUGAGAUGUACGAUCCAAGUCCGAAUUACCGUGAACAUGGACUGUAUGACGCAGCUAUAGACGAGGACGAUUUUGAUGGUUUACCAACGACCGGUCAUAGCUCCAGAAUAGGAAGCGGCGGCCAACAACUAUUGCCACGUAAUAAACCGCGUCAUCGCAUGCCCACAAUAAUGCCAAUGUCUAGUUCAAUGCCCGAUGAAAUGACGGGUACACCUAUUGCUUCAUCGCUGCAUCCAUCUACGGCAUCGGCCGCUUCGUCAAAUGCCUCAUCAGCCAAUACGACAACGGGACGCUAUUCGGGUCUGAAAGCCGUGGCCGACAAAAUGCGUUUUAAAAACAUUAACCGACGCAUCUUUAAUCACAAGCGCACGGGUAGUAAUGCCAGCCAUAGAAGUACGAGUUCUAAUCCAAACACCACCACAUCUUCGAGCAGCACAUCUAAUAUAGCAGCGACCGGAAGCGUUGGUCGCGAAAAGAGUGUAAGCGGUCAGAAUUUGGGCACAAUUGAGAGUGGUGGCAGUGGUAGUGCCAGUAGCUAUGUAACACCACGUUUUUUCACUCCUUCCUCCGAUGUACUAAAUGCGAGCAGCAAUCCUAACUACCGUUUGUUGGAUGAAACUGCAAACACAUCGUGUCUUUCCGGCACAGGUGACGCAAGUGAUUUCCCAGCAAGUGGUAACAGAAAUUACAAACGUCUUGACGAAUCACUAAACGCCACAUUGACACCUGGCAAGCCAGCCGGUACACCAUCUAGUAACAUUGCUUCGUUCACACCUCGACCGUUUUCAAAAUCUAUUGAUAACGCCCCCUAUACUCUGAUGGGCGCCGCGGGGUCAGAUUCUACACUGCGUACCACUGAUAAUCCCAACUACAUUGUAAUGAAUCAAUCAGCCGCACUUACCCUACCGCCUUCAAAACUGUCCCAGACUACCACUACUAGUCCAAUUGCAUUUGCGCAAAGAAGUGACGAUGCCGCUUAUACAAUGAUGGGACCUACGCCACAUGAACCAAGCACUAAUAUAUCAUCGACAUCAUCGCUAGACGACGACCCCAAAGUGGUGGCUCAUGAUGAUGACGAUGAAGAUAAUGAUGAUGAAGAUGAUGAGCCGACUGAACAUAUAAGAAUGGAAUUGCUUGGUGGUCAUCGACGCGGUAGCGAUAAAGCGCAACAACAUCGCAAGUCGCGCGGAAAACGAAGCCGCAGCCAAAGUCAAAACAAAUUGGAUGAAAAACCUACACAAAAAAUCACAAACUCACCCGGAACCACACCUACCAGCUGCUACCCAACGCCCGCUGAAGGUGGCAGUAGUUAUGUAAGUUUAACGCCCGCAACAACAACAACAACUACAUCUCCGCCAGCUACACAGUCUAGGCCAUCGGCCACCUACUCACUCAAAGAGAAGUGGUUACGGCAGCAAUCACAGCAGCCACAACAGCCACCACCAAAUGGUUUCAUAGGGCGUGAGACGUAAUAUCAUUAAGCGAAGGAAUAGCAUAGAACGAAAAAGACAAGGAAGCGCACACUGCCAAAACAACACGACGAAUCUUACGAAAGUUCAUUAUGUGGGACAAGUGGCGAAUAUAUUGGCUCCAAAACAAAAUUUCAAAUAUUAUAAAUUCUACGCGGUGGCAAUAAGUAUACACAUAUAUGUAAUUUGUUUGA